UUUUAUUUGGUUGUUUUUUUUUUGGUUUUUUUUUUUAACAAAAGUCAAAAUUCUCAACCGGAAAGAUGAAUUGCAAGCGACAUGGUGGUGCCACGAGGAGUCGCACCCGCAUUCCUCCCGAGCCAUCCGCCUCAACGAUAAGUGGGGAAAUGCCAGAGUUCACGCGUCGAAUGAAGAAAUAUCUCAAGUUGAUUGAUCUGUACAAAGGCCAUGAAUGCCUGUGGCAUCAAUGUAAUAGCGAUUUUUUCAAUUUUUCCCUGAAGGAGAAGGUCUGGCAGGAGAUUGCGAGAAAGAUGAAGAAAAACUCAGAGAGCGAGCGCUGGAAAUUCUUGAUCUACAAGCUUCGCUAUAAUGUCGAACUGGAGCGCAUACAUCAGCAGGAGGCCAAGUUCCAGCCGGACAUUGAUCUGGAUCCCCCACUGGAAUAUUCGCAAAAGUUUCAGUUCUUAAAUCAUAUGUUUGACAGAAAGUGGGGUAAAUCUCCUUUACCCACUGAGACUACCAAUUCACAUAGAUCGGCAUGCUUUUUGCUGUUGGAUUCUGUUAGAAAGAAUUGCAGCAAAGUGACAUCGUAUGCGAGCAAGCUAAAGGAUCUGGAAAACCUAAGGAACAAUAAGUGCAGCAAGCUGAGCCUUACGCCCGAGGCCUUUCAUAGGAUACUAGUGGCCACAAGUGGCUCGAUGCCACAGUUUGAUAAAGACUGCUUAGAGAAAAGGGAACUGACAACCUACCCAUAGGAAAAGUGAAUACUCAAAAGACUAGAAUGCCAACAGAAUCAUGAAAUAGUUGUAUAAACGCUUGUAAGUGUUAACAACAGGAAUGAACAAAGCCAUCUUAAAGAUAGAGACUUGCCAGCGUAUCCAUAGAACCAAGACAUGGCACAGACAUCGCUAUAAUUACCGACCACAGCAACUAUGAUGAUGGUGAUGAGAUUUCUUGAUAACUUCAUAGAGCAUUGAAGUAUAACUUUUACAAUUAUGAAGAUGAGAAGAAGCUGAUUUCCGGUUUGGAAGAUAGUUUUGGACGGGAUCUUAAAACAUUAUUAAUUAGAAAGUUGAAAUUAUUAAAGAUUGUAGAGGCUUAGGGCUUUUCAAUAGAUUUUAAAAAUAUAUUUCCGACACCACCGAUCAUUUAACUGAAGAAGAUUUUUCAAUAUUUUUGUAAUGUACAAAAUUUUCCCAAAGUGUAUUUGAGGCGUACGCUCCUAUAUUGCCAUGAAAUAUAACAAGCGCUUGUAAAACGUUUCGGCAAGAGCAGACUGCUAACAAGAGACGAGAAAUUCCAGCCCUCCAUAGAACUAGAAGAAGAGAUAGAAGAGCCAAAUCAUGAUAAAAUACUCAAUGCU